AUGAUCUUGCAUCAGAUAGAAGCUCUCAAGGCUAUUGGAGUGACUGAGGUAGUCUUGGCUAUAAAUUAUCAGCCCGAGGUGAUGCUAGACUUCUUGAAAGAAUUUGAGGCAAAGCUUGGGAUUACGAUUACAUGCUCACAAGAGACUGAGCCACUUGGAACUGCAGGUCCCAUCGCUUUGGCCAGGGAUAAACUGAUAGAUGGUUCUGACAAACCAUUUUUUGUUCUUAACAGUGAUGUUAUCAGUGAAUACCCACUCAAAGAGAUGAUUGAGUUCCACAAAUCCCAUGGUGGUGAGGCAUCUAUAAUGGUGACCAAGGUGGACGAGCCUUCAAAAUAUGGUGUUGUUGUUAUGGACGAAUCCACUGGACAAGUGGAGAGGUUCGUCGAGAAGCCAAAAUUAUAUGUGGGUAACAAGAUCAAUGCUGGCAUUUACCUGCUGAACCCUUCAGUUCUUGAUCAUAUUGAAUUACGUCCCACGUCAAUUGAGAAAGAGGUGUUCCCUAAAAUUGCUGAUCAGAAAAAGCUCUACGCGAUGGUCCUCCUCGGGUUUUGGAUGGACAUUGGACAACCGAAGGAUUACAUCACUGGCCUGAGACUUUACUUGGACUCCUUGAGAAAGAAAUCUUCACCGAAAUUGGCCACUGGAUCUCACAUUAUUGGAAAUGUCCUGGUGGAUGAAACUGCCAAAAUUGGGGAGGGUUGCUUGAUUGGACCAGAUGUUGCAAUUGGCCCUGGCUGUGUAGUAGAAUCGGGUGUUAGGCUUUCACGCUGCACCAUAAUGCGGGGGGUCCGCAUCAAGAACCACUCGUGCAUUUCAAGCAGCAUCAUUGGCUGGCACUCAACUGUUGGGCAAUGGGCUCGCAUAGAGAACAUGACCAUUCUUGGAAAAGACGUUCAUGUUCGGGACGAGAUUUACAGCAAUGGAGGCGUGGUUUUACCUCAUAAGGAGAUCAAAUCCAGCAUCUUGAAGCCAGAGAUUGUAUUGUAA